UCAGGUGUCAAAACAGGCUGCGUGAACACAGGAUGGCAGUUCCACGCCACACCCGUGAUCUGGAUGUAUGAGUUCAACCUCAGACUGCAGUCAUGGCGUCCAGAACAACACGGAUUCACCUUCUUCUUUUUUUUCUUCUGUGUUUCCUGCAGACCUGCCGAUCCGAAAAAGAUGUUAAAGGCUUCACAGGCCCAGAGACCGAAGAAGGAGUGUCGCUCUAUCUCCAAGCUAAAGAAGUCCUGAACAGCCGUCUUACCACAGUGUUCCUCCCAGUCAUCUACAUCAUUGUGUUUGUGGUGGGGCUGCCCGCUAACGCCAUGGCUAUCUGGGUAUUUCUCUUCAGGAUCAAGAAGAAGCACCCGUCUUCGAUCUUCAUGGCCAACCUGGCUCUCGCUGACCUCCUCUUCGUCAUCUGGGUGCCCCUGAAAAUAGCUUACCACUUCAACGGCAACGAUUGGAUCUAUGGAGAAAGUUUGUGCAAAGUUCUGGUGGCGUUUUUCUACGGCAACAUGUACUGCUCUAUCGCCUUUAUCACCUGUAUUAGCGUUCAGAGGUACUGGGCUGUCGUUCAUCCGCUCACCCAGGUACAGAGGGAGAACUGUAUAGCAAUCACUGUCUCCGUCACAGUCUGGGUUGUGGUCUGGCUUCUUACAACCCCCCUUUACCUCUACGAACAAGAGGUCAAAGUCACAAAUCUUGGCAUCUUCACCUGCCACGAUGUCACCAGGCCAAGUCAGAAGGAAAUAGCAGCAGGUUACUUCUUGACAAUGGGAACACUGGGAUUUGUUGUGCCAACCAUCGUGUGCAUCAUAUCCUACGUCCUCAUGCUCAAGUCGCUCUGGAGCAACAUGACGGAUUCUUCCAUUGCUAAGAAGCGAAGGAAGGCCGUGGUCCUGAUCAUCACCGUCCUGGUCAUGUUCUUACUGUGUUUCACCCCCAGUAACAUCAUGCUCCUGGUCCACUACAUCCUGCUUUUGCGUGAGGUCAACAAUAACUUGUACGGAUUCUAUAUCACCACCCUGUGCUUGGCCAGUCUGAACAGUUGUAUCGACCCUUUUAUUUACUACUUCAUCUCAGAGGACUUCAGAGACCACGUGAAGAACACUUUCCUCUGUCGGAGUGAGAGAACAGUGCAGAGGAUGAGGGUCUCCUUCAGCGCUCUGAAAUUCUCCAAGAAGAGCAACACGUAUACCUCUGAUUCAGCUAAAACGAACAGCACUGACUGCUAGGGAACUGAUUUGAAGCCACUUUCAUUCACACAUGAAAUUCCUUUAUAAGUGGAUAUUUUCUUUUUUGUUGUUCUACCAGUGACUUCUUUGUCUCAGGUUUGAUACACAUGAACAAUAGGGAAGCUGCUUAUGUCUAAAAGCAGAGCAGCAGAGUUACUGCUUUUCCCACUUUGUAAGUUACUGUGAUAACAUAUUAACGUUGUUUAAUGCACUGUUGUAAAUUGUUUCUUUUGUUGGAAUCAUCUGAGUUUGUCACCAUUUUCUAUAUCUCCAUCUGUUUCUAGUGUAUCAUGUUUUUACUUUUGUACCUGUUUAACCUGUAUUAUAUUUUAAAGUGUGAUAAUAAAAGUAUUAAGGUUACUACCAAGCAAGAUGUUUCCCUUUUCAUCACACUAUAUGGAUAAGGACAUUCCUCUUGAAGCCAUUUUGAAAAGGUCAAACUGGUUUCCAGAACAGUCCAUGUAUUUUAACCCUUGGUUGCUUUUAACUUUGCUGUGUGUUAGCUAAUAUGCUGUGCAAAACAAAUCAACACAGUGUGUUUACAGUAUGUACAGAAACAGUACGAACUGGUUUGCUAAGUUCUCAAAGUAAUUGCAAAUGUUUAUACAGUGCAGUGCAGAAGUCUUACACCAUGGUUGUUUUUUCUGGGUUGAAAUAAGCAUAUAUGUCUGUUUUGUUUUUGGUUUUUUUCUUCACAUACAAAAUAAAAUAUAGGAAAUUUGUGCACAAAAAGACACAAAAAACAUAGGUAAAUGGCUUCUAAAGGUUAAAGUCACUAUUUAGUAUGAACCCUGACCCCAUGACAAGGAACAGCACAAACAGUUAAAAACAUCUGAUGCAUUGAAUGGAACCUGGAAAAAAAAUACCAGAAAAUUAAUGGCGGAAAUUUGUCCAAGCAAAAGGGUUAAAGACAUGUUAAGUGCUAAAGGAGGUCACACUAGAUACUAUCUCUUUGGUUUAUAGAAGCUGUUUUUUUCCUGAAACUUUUGUUUUUACUGUACAUACUUCAUGUAUAUAUCCUGAUUGUAUCUUAAUACAAAGAAAUGUAUAUGUGUGGUCAUUAUAAAUGUAUUAAACCAAGGAACAUAAUGUUGGCCUUGGAUCUUUGUACAGAACUGUACAUUAUAAUAUUUGUCUCAUUUUCCUGUGAGACUCAAAAAUGCGUGAUUUGUUUUCGGGAAAGUAGUGCUUCCCUAAUUUUUGUUUCUGUGACCACAAGCUUCUAAUUUUACCACUGGCAGACAUGAACGUGCAAGUCUUUAAAAACAGGUGGUAUAGUUUCUAUGAUGGAGAGAAGCUUAUGGAAGAAACAAACCUUUCACAAGAGAAAGAUUCACUCCAUUGAUGUGUUUAGCAGUUUGAAUUGGUUCUUAACAUCAGAUUAAGUAGAAAAAAAUUAUAUGUUUUAAAGGUUGUUGUAAUCUUUGUCAGUACGUUUUAGAUCUGAUCGACUCCUUAGGAAUCAUUAAAGUUCUGCCAUACAAGCUCUAACUAUUAUAAACAUGUCAGUGCCU